CGGGAUGAAGCUGACAGACAACGUGCUGCGGAGCUUCCGCGUGGCCAAGGUCUUCCGCGAAAACUCGGACAAGAUCAACUGCUUCGACUUCAGCCCCAACGGCGAGACCGUCAUCUCCAGCAGCGACGACGACUCCAUCGUUCUCUACGACUGCCAGGAGGGCAAACCAAAGAGAACGUUGUACAGUAAGAAGUAUGGAGUGGACCUCAUCAGGUACACACAUGCUGCCAACACUGUCGUGUACAGCUCCAACAAAAUAGAUGAUACAAUCCGAUACCUCUCCCUGCAUGACAACAAAUACAUUCGGUAUUUCCCAGGGCAUACAAAAAGAGUGGUUGCUCUUUCAAUGUCUCCAGUGGAUGAUACUUUUAUUUCUGGAUCCCUGGAUAAAACUAUUCGACUUUGGGAUCUCCGCUCUCCAAAUUGCCAGGGUUUAAUGCAUCUCCAGGGGAAGCCUGUGUGUUCCUUUGACCCAGAAGGGUUGAUUUUUGCUGCUGGAGUCAAUUCUGAAAUGGUGAAGCUUUACGAUCUCCGUUCUUUUGACAAGGGGCCGUUUGCUACGUUUAAGAUGCAGUAUGAUCGAACGUGUGAGUGGACAGGCCUGAAGUUCAGUAAUGAUGGUAAACUCAUCCUCAUAUCGACUAAUGGAGGGUUCAUUCGACUGAUCGAUGCCUUUAAAGGAGCUAUCCUGCAUACGUUUGGGGGUUACAACAAUAGUAAGGCUGUCACGCUGGAGGCAUCAUUCACACCAGACUCUCAGUUCAUCAUGAUAGGUUCAGAGGAUGGGAAGAUUCAUGUUUGGAAUGGGGAAAGUGGGAUGAAGGUGGCUGUGCUGGAUGGGAAACACACAGGUCCUAUUACCUGUCUGCAGUUCAAUCCAAAAUUCAUGACUUUCGCUAGUGCAUGUUCCAAUAUGGCCUUCUGGUUGCCAACUAUCGAUGACUAAUUCCUACGCUGCAGCUGCUGUCAGAUGACUUCCAUACUGUGAACAGCAGCACCUCAUUGCAAGCAUAGUAUUGGAAUUGCCUGGGUCUCCUAGACUGUGUUCCUGUUCCUGCGUAUGUUUCCAUAUGUCUUACCUUUAUUUGCUGCAUUCCUUUGCAAGGACUCCUCCACUCAACCUCCUGGCAUGUUCAGAAGCAGCAUGCUACACGCUCUUACCUUCCAGUUUGUGCCCAGCAGGCUUCAGCCGAAUUUGGAACUGGCAUAGUAUUAUUUCUAAGAGCAAUGAAGCCUGGUUUAUUUACAAAAUGUUUGUGGCAUUUUUUAAGCUGUAAUUGUGUGUUUUCCUUCUGUGAGUGCACAAGGCUGUUGAUGUUCCAAGGUGGAACGUGCGGUUCCUUUCCGUAAGUGCAUGAUUUUCACAUCUGGGAUCUCUCUGGUUUCACUGCAGUCCACAGAUGUAAAGUUACUUCUGUGCCAAAUGGGAACGCUGACAGUUUUCAACUUAAACAGCAGAUGCUGGAUUCUCUUGCAGUGGAACACGCGCUGAAAAGAGUGGCUGACUGUAAAUAUACAUGAUACAUCCUGUCAUCCUUUUUUUUUGUGGGCCAUUUAGCGUGCAGCAAAACAUACAGGAGCUUGCCGAAGCCUCACUGCUGUUUGCUGUGCCACCAUCCAGGAGGGCACAGACAGUACUGCUGAGGUCUGGUCAGUGUCCCAAGCAAUAAAGGAGUCUGUCAGCAAGAAGAUGGAGAAACCAAACUGAGACUGAGAGCACAGGCUGCCUGUGUAUCUUCUUUAUGUAUCAUCUUGGCUGAUUUUACUUGUAAAUAUCAUGGGGGGGAGGGCAGUGGGAAUGGGCCAUAUUUUUUUACUUUUAGAUAUUAAAGAAUAUGAUGUGG